UAAUGUUCGGGAGAAAGUCAAUCUGUCACUGCCAGUUUUAAAGAAUCAUUUGGAUGGAGACGGACUGGUGAUUGAGGGGAAUCGGUAUCGUUGAUUAUUGGCACCGUCCGAGGGGAAAUCGAUGACUUGUAAGGGGAAUUUUUGGUAAAAACAGAGAGGGAAACUGCUGGAGAAUAGCGUGGGUGUACACCAUCCAGGGGUGACUGAGUAAUGAGCCAACGGCGUCCUCCGAUAGGUGCCGUCCACCAGCUGGAGCAAGCCCCCAUUGGCCAAUUCCCCCCAACAAUUUGUUUUUAUCACUACGCAGGCACCUCCGUCGACAUACGGAUAAAACCUGUGUGCUAUCGGUUUAUUCGCAAACGCGCUGAGAGUCCGCGUGGAAGGCACACCGUCGUCUUCACCAGGGAGUUGCGCUUCGACGUGCAUUACGACCAACAUCGUCGUUCUCGUCAAGCCCUCCGACAAUUCCCUAAGGGAAGAAUAAUGGUGCGAGAAUUUUCCACGAGUUUGGCUAUUGGCCUCGCCCUCACGGCCUGUGCUCUUUUCCCUCCGACAACCACGGCCAUCGAUCUUAGCCGAUUUUACAGCCACUCACACUCCAAACGCUCCGGUGAUGCAUGCCAUCCUUACGAGCCAUUCAAGUGUCCUGGUGAUGGCACAUGUAUUUCGAUUCAGUACCUGUGCGAUGGAGCCCCGGAUUGCACUGAUGGUUAUGACGAAGAUUCGCGCCUCUGCACAGCUGCAAAAAGACCACCGGUGGAGGAAACGGCGAGUUUCUUGCAGUCACUCUUGGCCAGCCACGGACCCAAUUACUUGGAGAAAUUAUUCGGAAGCAAAGCGAGGGACGCCCUGGCUCCUCUUGGUGGUGUAAACAUGGUCGCUAUUGCUCUUUCCGAAUCUCAAACGAUCGAGGAUUUCGGGGCUGCCCUCCACCUCAUGCGUUCCGAUCUCGAGCAUCUGCGUUCCGUAUUCAUGGCAGUGGAGAAUGGAGAUUUGGGUAUGCUAAAAUCCCUAGGAAUCAAGGACUCGGAGCUCGGUGAUGUCAAGUUCUUCCUGGAGAAACUCGUCAAUACCGGCUUCCUCGAUUAAAAAUAUUCCUCAAAUGGCAGAAGGCAGUUAUGAAACGCGUCAUCGCUCCUGCCUCCUGCGGUUUUUCCCGUUGAUGGAUCCCGAGGGCAGAUCAAACUUUAUUCACUCCAGUUUUACGAGACAGUUGGAAUUUCAAAUAAUCCACAACGUGAAAAUAUGUGGGAGAGCAGUGACGCGGGUAAUGGCUGAGGUGCCCUCUAAUAUCAAUUUUGUAUACGAGACAUUCUGCACUAUUCCCACAGCAUCGCGAUAAAUUUUUAUACGAUAUUCAACAAUAUAUUCUCAAUUUUUCAAAUACUGACUCAUCAAUUCCUCGGGAACCUCGUCAACAUCUUCGCAGUUGAAAAUUAAUUUCGAACUAUCUUCUUUGAUGCUAUCCCACUAUUUAAAAUCUACCUGACCCUGAAUGAAAAAAAUUUCAAUGAAGGAUACAUUUUGGACUGAAGAAUUACGUGUUUCCAAUUAGAAGAUAAAUAUCGCUCCCAAAUUUUCUAAUGAAGAAUACUUUAUCCUUCAAUCCAAUGCUCUCCUGUAAACUUUGUUUCAAUUAUUUAAAAAUAAUUUGAAUUGAAUUCUCCAGUAACAGACGACUGGUCCCCAUGAUGCUGUGAGAAUAGUGCAAAAUAUCCCACACUCGAGAUACCAGUCUCUUUUUUAUUCCGUUAUACAUUGAAUUAUUUAAAAUUGAUGGUUGAAAAUUUGUCGAUGUGAAGUGUCUUUUCCAUUGUUCUUCAUUCCCUCGGCUCAUGUUCGCGCUUUGUGAGCUGAGGGAACCAGAGAGCAGUAUCUCUUCGUAUUUAUAAUACUAAGGAUGAAAAAAAAACUUAACAAUCAUCUUCUUACCCUUUUCGAGCUUAAAGCUUUGCGUAUUCAUGCACGAGUUACAUGGAACCAGGGAAGAUGAAACAAAAGGGAUAAUGGAAGGAUUCACCAGGUAUUUGCCUGGGGCUAGAUGUAAUAACAGGGACUCGAGGGAUCACAUGAUUUCUAGAAUCCGAUAACGAUGAUAAUCAUGUUAUGGAGAUUCUAAUAUGUUUAUGGCCUAGAUUAUUAUUCGGGGGGCUAUUUCCUAUAUCGGUGUUAUAUACAAUUUAUGGAGACAUUUGGGGGACGAGGGACAAAUCUCUACAAUGAUGAGGCUAUUUCUUUGAUGAAAAGGGAUUACCUUUUUUUUAUCUCCCUUUCUUCGUUCUUUUCAUUUUCACUCUGUCUGGACUUUCUAUGAAUUCAGCAGAGAUUAAUUAAUUGCGAGUUUAAUGUCAGGGAUGGUGGAGUAAAAAAUUAAUGGACUCAGUUAAUUGAAUCUUUGAGGCAUGCCGCAAGAAGGGAAAUGCGUUAGAAAAAUUGGAGUGCUAUGCAAGGAAAAUUUUUGAGGAUUUAUCCGGAAAUACCAGAUGAAUGUGAAAACUUUCAGGUGUUACUCAGUGAAAUUGAUUGUGCACUGCAUUUUUUUUAAGGAAGUUCCCUUAGGGUUCAGUUAUUCGUGGAAUAUUUUCUUUUCUCGGAUGUCCAGUACUUCAGGCAGUUUUAGUUUCAAUAUUUCAUCCCGGAUAUUGACCGGUACCUCUGAAUUUAAUGGUGAGUGUUUUACAGUAGCUCUCUGUUGUUAACUUCAAAUUGCUCUAUCGAUCAGCUAAUCCGAGUGGAAAAAAUACUUCGACGAAUGCCACUUGUGCUCCAGAAUUGAUCGGGUAUUUGUUUAAUACAUAAAAAUUUCUCGUGCUGUGCAUUUGAAAUUUAUAUUUGACAUUUUCGUACCGUCAUGAAGAGAAAUUUUUUGGGAAGAUUCUACGACUGAGAAAACUCUUCUGAUGCUUGCACGUGAGUUUUUCCAGAAUUUGUGUGAAAAGGUCGUAUAAUACAGAAAAUCUUCACGUACCAGCCCUUGAACACUUGAACAUUUGUUCCCUCUGCGGCACUCUGGGUUUUUUCCCCAGUGGAAUAUUUUUCGCUGAAAAUUUAUCCGUGCACGAAGCCAUCGAGAAACACCCGAUAAUUUCAGAGGACUUGUGAUAUUACCACGGUAGUCACAAUAUUUGGGUUGUUUAUCCUUAUCACGGAUGUACGUGGAAGGAAUAAAUUAGGGUGGAGUCACCCCAUGCGACGAAUGAAUUUAAGGCGUGGGCCAUUCGGAGUAACGUGCGACUACACGACAGUAUAAUAUUUUCGAUUUCUUUCUCCAUCUGUUGAUUAUAUCUGAGAAUUUAUCGUGUACAUAUCAAUUAUAUGCUUCCCACCACUGUACCUGUAAGUGUGCUUUUGAUGCACGUCCCCCGCGACUUCGCAAUCCAAACGGAAUUUAAGACAAAUCGCAAAGUGACAAUUCUAUUUCAGACUUUGAGAGGGCAGAAUUUCCAUCGAGUUGCGCAUAAUCCUUUUUAUUUGGGGAUUAUUUUUACAUGCGAGUGUCCAAGGUUUAUCUAUUUAUGAUUAUUCGUCCUUUUGGGCGGACGAGGGCAUCAGGUUGAAAGUAUUUAGUGAAUUAUUUAGAGUUAAAGAAGAAACGCGGAAAACGGCAGUUUAGAAUUUGAUUUUUGUACUGUCUGCACUGUUAGGAUUUUUUUCUGUUGAAUUCCAAAAUGGAAUAUUGCCAGAUGUUGGAGUCUCUUUAAUUAUUCGGCCACUGCUAUUAUAAAAACUUAUACAAAUGUCUCUGCAAUUUUUCUCUAUUCAUUCCUCCGCCACUCCUCUUCAUUCAAUUUCCGUACGCGGAGAGAAAUAUUCAGUGAAAAUAAAUACCAAGAAUCAAUUACUCGAAAUUUUCCUCGGAAUCGAAGAGAUUAAAUCAGAUAUCUUCAGUAAAUUCUGAAACAAAAUUGACACGUUAUUUUUUCUACGUCUAUUUAACUCAACUAUAAAAAAUUGUUAAACUUUCGACAGCGUAUAUUUUCCGUAAUUUCCGCUUUCUCUCGUAAUUUCUAUUGAAUUUUUCUCACCGCAUAGAAAUAGAAAAUUAAUUCUCCAACUUGUGCGACUCUCGUCAACGGAAAGUUCCUAACAGUGUAAACUUUGAAAGAAAAAAGUGACGAAAGGAGAGUUGAAUGAAAAAUAAACAUAUCGAAAGUAAAAAUUGUGGUAUUUAAAUAUUAUAACGUCAAGCGUCACGUUGAUAUUGCAUUAUACAAACAAUACAAAUAUUAAACAUAUCAUAUUUAAUAAAAAAUAGUAUAUUGGAUAAGCAAGGAUAAUGAACCUAUCUUCAUUCCCCACCUUUCUUUGUCAAAAAAAAAAUAGGGGUAAAUCACCCAAGAGAUGCGUAGAAAAGUAGAAUAGUAGCUGAUGCUGUGCAUCAUUAGACCCAAAUGAACUCCAGGAAGAGGCAGAGAGAGAGUGGGACCCAAUAACUUAUAUGAAACGAAAAACCAUAUCCUUGCUAAAGUUACAUAUCAUGUAAAUGAAUAAUAUUGAUUGAGAGUACUUUUAUGAGGAUAGAAGAAGAAGAAAAUACUAUUUUGGUAUAAAUGAUACGAAACCCUUACCAGAUAUCAAUUGUAGCGAUUCAAAAUAGGGCCUGAAUCGCUCUAAUUAUUUUCUGGAUAAAAAAAACCUUUGAUUCAUAUCACCAUCAAUCGGGAAUUGUAAAAUCUCUUGAAUUCUCGUAAUCAGCACCGAAUUUCAUUAAACGACGAUGAACGCAAUGAAUAACUGGAAUGUCCGAUAUAUUACGAUUCAAUACUGUAUCUCAAACAUAUCAUAUGUGAUAGAGUUAAUAAAAUUCACAAUUCGCAAUUUCCUCAUGAUAAUUGCGUUAUUCUCAGUAUCACCCCAUCGAUGUCUGUAUUUUAUUGAAUUAUUUCUUGAUAAGCAAAUAAAGUCUGAACAAAAUGAA